AUGGCAAGUGAUCCACAGACAGUUCCGUUGGAUAACGCCUUCCUGGAAACCAUCACGUACCAAGGUAGAGAAUACCAACGAUACGCAGUUGACAAUGGAGCAUACUUCGCGCCGAUAGAUGAGGACGAGGUUGAACGCUUGCAAAUGAUGCACGUCGUACUCUCCAUAGUAUUCGAAAAUCGCCUCCUUUUCCCACCGAUCACCAGGCCCCGGCGAAUUCUCGAAUGCGGCUUCGGAGCCGGCGACUGGGCUAUCGACGUUGCACAACAACACCCAAACUGCGAGGUAGUAGCCAUCGAUAUCUGCCCACACAUCUGGCCCGAUGAAAGCCAGACGCCAACGAACUUGAAUCUGCAAGUAGAUGACCUUAACAGCAGGUUCACCUUUCCAUCGAAUCAUUUCGACCUCGUACAUAGCCAGAUGAUGGCAGGCGGUAUCCACUCGAACCGAUGGCGGGAUUACCUUCGAGACAUUCAUCGCGUACUUCGACCAGGCGGUUGGUGUCAAAUGGUGGAGAUAUACUUUAAUGCGCAGUCAGACAACGGAACGUUGACUCAAAAUCACGCCCUUCGUAGGUGGUCGAGACGAUACCUGGAUAGUAUGCAACCGUACAAAGACCCCAGGGCGCCGAUGCAGAUGCAAAGUUGGAUGCAAAGUGCUGGAUUCGACUCCGUGGAAACCCAAAUGAUCCCUCUCCCGACUUGCGGUUGGUCAAAUGGUAUUGAAAUCUCAAAAUCGAAGCAGCACCAAAUCGGUGUGGCUAAUAGAGAAAAUGUGAGAAGGAUGCUUGCGUCACUGGCGAUGUAUCCCAUGACAGAGUUCCGAGGAAUGACAUCCCAGGAGUUCCAAGUGUUGGUGGCUCAAGCAAGGAGCGAGGCUGAUAACCCGGCGUUCAGGGCGUAUUUCCCAAUGUACGUUUGUAUAGGACGAAAGGCUCGUCGUUGA